CAGGAGUAGGAUGGAGGUUAACCCGUGCGCCAAACACAUACAAUCGCAAUUUCAAAACGCCGUCAAUAAAGUUAAGCGUCCGUAACGGCGUUUUAUCAGUCCCUACCGCUGCAAGAGUCAUUUAAAUUCAAGAUUUUUCAAUUUCAACUCUCCAUUUUCAAAUCAAUCGAAGGAAGAAGAAAAUAAACAGUGUUACAUUAAUCGAUUAAUUAUUUAGUUUUGACUAAUAAAUGGCAACGGCGGGUCUGUACCGGCGGCUCCUCCCUUCUCCUCCGGCUGUCGAUUUCGCUUCCUCUGAAGGAAAGCAACUUUUUGUCGAAGCCAUUCAAAAUGGGACGAUGGAAGGUUUCUAUAGGCUAAUUUCUUAUUUCCAGACGCAAUCGGAGCCUGCGUAUUGUGGUUUGGCUAGUCUCUCUAUGGUCUUAAACGCUCUUGCUAUUGAUCCCGGACGAAAAUGGAAAGGACCUUGGAGGUGGUUUGAUGAGUCUAUGUUAGAUUGUUGUGAACCUUUAGAAGUAGUUAAAGUUAAGGGUAUUUCCUUUGGGAAGCUUGUCUGUUUGGCUAACUGUGCUGGUGCAAAAGUUGAAGCUUUUCGAACAAAUCAAAGCACCAUUGAUGACUUCCGUCAACAAGUUAUUAAAUGUUGCACUACCGAUGAUUGUCAUUUGAUAUCAUCGUAUCAUAGAGGAUUUUUUAAACAGACAGGAAGUGGUCAUUUUUCACCUAUAGGUGGUUACCAUGCUGGAAAGGACAUGGCACUGAUUCUGGAUGUUGCACGUUUUAAGUAUCCUCCACAUUGGGUUCCACUAACGCUUCUCUGGGAGGCGAUGGACAGUAUUGAUAAGGCAACUGAACUUCGCAGAGGGUUUCUGCUUAUAUCAAGGCCUCAUACUGAGCCUGGAUUGCUUUAUACCCUGAGCUGUAAGCAUGAGAGUUGGGCAAGUAUUGUAAAGUAUUUAUUGGAUGAUGUUCCUCUUCUCUUGAAGUCAGAAGAUGUGAAAGAUAUUAAUAAAUUUCUAUAUGUUGUUUUCACAUCACUCCCAUCAAAUUUUGGAGAAUUCAUAAAGUGGGUUGCAGAAGUGCGGAGACAAGAAGAUGGUGGUAGAAGUCUAAGUCAAGAAGAGAAAGGGCGGCUUGCUGUCAAGGAAGGGGUGUUAAAGCAGGUGCAGGAGACUGGACUUUACAAGCAUGUAGCAGAAUUUUUGUCCUCGGCAAAAUCAUGCUGUAGAAACAUGUCAAUGCUUAGUCAAGAUAACGAUCUUCCUCACAUUGCUGCAAGUGUCUGUUGCCAAGGGGCAGCAAUUUUGGCAGGGAGGUCUGGUUCUUCUGGAAGUUAUUGUUGCAAUGAAACAUGUGUGAGAUGCUUGAAAAUUAACGGUGACAAGCCUGUAACUUUGGUGUCUGGUACAGUUUUAGAUGGUACCAACGAACAGGGGCUUGAUGUGCUGGUUCCUUCAGCUCAAAUGAAACCGAGUUGCUGUGGUUGUGGUCCAAGUAGUUAUAUUGGGAUGUAUCCUGCUGGCAACGAUGUUCUUACAGCACUUUUACUGGCUUUGCCUCCUGAAACUUUGUCAGGAAUUAAAGAGGCGAAACUCUUUGAAGAAAUAUCCGCUCUUGUUUCCACUGAAAAGCUUCCAGUUUUGCUUCAAGAAGAGGUGCUGCAUCUAAGACGGCAGCUUUACCUUCUUAAGAGAUGCCAAGAGAACACAGUAGACGAUGAUUUGGGUGCACCAUUUCCUUAGGUUUUUAAGAUUUGGCCUGGUACUCUGUAUAUUUAUCAUAUUUUGCGAAGUUAAAUGAUCUUUGCAACCGUUUUGAACACAAACAUGCAGCGCGGAGCCCGGGCAGCCGCCCUCCUCUCCAAUCGGCGAACAUUAGGGGUAGCCUAGGUGGCUGGGCCGUCCCCGAGCAAAGACUCCGCCCUUGCUCAGCAGCAACAACAACGUCCCAUUUCUUUUUGUUUAAAAUGUGAAGGGCCAAACAAUCGUUUGGACUUCAUUUAGUAAAAACAUUAUAAGUGUUAGGCACUUAAAACAACAGAUGAGAUGAUUCACGAGACUUCUGAAGUCUUUUUGUUUCUUUCUA